UUGUGUAUACAAGUGGAUAAAAAGUUAAAACAAAGAAUGGGUGAUGUUAAGAGAAGACUUAAAAACAAUGCUCAUACUGAAAGUAACAUAAAAACUACCGAGAAAACAGCCACUGAAAAAUCCUCUAUAAAUAAAGGUUUGCCACUAAGAGUUCUAUCGCGGACUACAGUUAUUAUAUCUCUGCUGAUAGUUGUUUAUUUUUCAUCCAAAGAAAAUUUUCGAACAUUUGCUAAACAAUCAGAACUUCUACCAGGGAAAGGACAGAUAGUGAAAUGCUCUACUGAAUAUAUAAAAGAGCUAGACAAGUUUGAGGGUUGUGCUCCUAGAGAUUGUAAGAGAUUUGUCACUGAUAAAGUGGUUUCGGUUAGAGAAGUAGAGGAAUUGUUAAAAAUAGCUAAAAGAGGUUUGAAGUUUGGUGGUUCCUUUGGUGGUGCUUCUAUAUUAGAUCUGCAUAGUGGAGCAAUGUCAAAGGGCCAGCACUUUGUAAAUAUAUAUGAAAUUGAGGAGAUGAAAAAUCUGUUUACACAGGAGGACUUUAAUAUUAUCAGAGUUGUUAGAGAUAAGGUAAAAUACAGUCUCGCCCAUCAUUUAGGCGUUCAGCCUGAUAAAGUUUAUUCAACACAUCCAACAUUCUUCUCAGAGAUUAGUGCCAAAAAAGCUUUCACUAAUCAUGAUGAGUACUGGCAUCCACAUGUUGACAAAGUCUCCUACAAAUCCUUUCAUUUCACUACACUACUUUAUUUAUCGGAUUAUGGCAUUGACUUCAAUGGUGGUAGAUUUGUUUUUAUUGAUGAGAGUUUUAAUAGCACUAUAGAACCACGAAAAGCAAGAUUAAGCAUGUUCACAAGUGGCGCUGAAAAUUCGCAUUAUGUAGAGAAAGUUACUUCUGGAGUGCGAUAUGCCAUGACUAUUCCAUUUACAUGUGAUAAAAAGUUUGCUAUAGAAGACCCUAGCACUGAUAAGUAUAAUAAAAAACAUUCCAAAUAAA